AUGGCAAGUGUUUUACCUCAGUUAGUGAAUAUUGAACACACACUUCAAUCAAAGACUGUGGAGCAGAUACGAGAUGAUAUUAAGGAGUUCCAAGAUGCUGUGGAGCUGAAUUCAGAACAAUCAGAGAAAAUCCAGUCAUACAUACAUGCUCUAGAGGACACAUUUGAUCAAUUCACCAAAGAUAAUGAACAUAUCGAACGCAAGGACAAUAAUGUCACUGAUGCAGAUAUACAGCUGUAUACUGGUUUGAAGAAUAUGUAUCAAGAUUAUUUAAAAGUUCUGAACCAAUUGAAGCAGGAUAAGGCUGCAGUUAGAGAUGAAGUUGAAGCAAGCGACGAUAAACCUGAAGAAAGUUCUGAUGUACUAGAAUAUAUUGUGAAUGAAUUGCCUUAUCAGCAACCCACAGAAAGGAAAAAAUACAUCGAUAAUUUUAUUCAUUCGAAAGAUGCUCAAAAACUUUCUAAAUCUACUCAAGUUUUUGACGCCAUUGUUAAUUUAUGUCUAUUAGAUUCCUCAAUUAAUGAUAAUCUGCGAUCUUAUUUCGCUUUGUUAAAAGAUAUAGGAUACACACACGAAGAUUUAUCUUCAAAUUUGCCAGGAGGGUUAUUAGAAAUAUUGAACUCGAAAUCUAAAUCAAAGAAUAAAGAGGGCAAGGAAAACAAAGUGAUACAAGAGGACGUAGAAGAAACUAAAGAAAAUACUGAUAAUUCACCAGUAAGUAAUAAUAGUGGUAAUAAUACUGAAGAUGAAAAGAAAAAGAAGAUAUCGUUCUCUAAAUAUUUAAAGAAAGAUACAGACGUUAAUGAAAAUGGUAAAAGAAUUUCCAGUUCCAUGGAACCUGAAUCAUCAAGUGAUGACUCGGAUUCGAAAAAGAUCAAAACUGAAGAUGGGAAAUACAUUUCCUCUAUUUUAAAGCAAGUAUCUGAUCAGAAUGGCAAUGGCCAGAGUACUUCUAGAAAGUCUAGUAACAAUAUUAGAUUCGUGGAUGAUUCAAAGUUAGUGACUGUAUUUGGAGAUGGUCUGCCUCAAAAGGGUGUCCAAUUAUCCCCAGAUGAAUUGAAAAAACUACUGAAACCAUUCAAAGAAGGGGAACCAAGAGAUUUGUUAUCGUUAGAAGGGGUAAUACCUAGGGCUCGUGAAUUAUCUCUAAUAUUAGGUCAGAAUGAAGAAGAUUAUUCUGAUGUAUCAAGCCUAAAAGGUGGGCCUAUUCCAUAUGAGACUACUAUUCCAUUGAAAUUUAGAAUCAAUUUUGGAAACUUUAGUCCUGAUUUGAGUAAGGGCGCUAGAGAACCAGUUCUCGUAGAUGAUCUACAUGACAAAUCAGGUAACCUAAUUUAUAAAGGGCCACUGAUCGCAGGUGCUUUUGGUAAAAACAAUCUACUUCUAAGAAAAGAUAGAGGUGGUCUGCCAUAUAAAAGGGUUCCAGAAGUCCUGCGAAAUGACUACCCGCCAAGACCCACUAAUGACUAA